AUGGCGGACGAACCAGACGACGACGAACUGGAAUCGUACCUAAGGAGUAGUCUGAGCGAUCGACGCCGAAGCCGAUGGGGACGACAAUCUUUGCGGCGGGGAUCGUCACCUUUUCUAACAGAAGCCAUGGCUGGAAAACACGGAAGAAGGCUUUCUUCUAUGACCACAUCUUCCGGAGAUGACACUGCCAUUUCUAUAGAAGAAGAAGAAACACCGGAAGAAGUAAAAGAAAAUAUGCGACUAAAUAAACAAAUCAUAGAAACAAUUAAACUGCAGCCAUGGCGAAUGAAGAAAAAGUAUAAAAUUCUCAGAAAAGCCAAAGCCUAUGUUCGAAAGCAUGAAGGAGAAUUGGCUCAAAGUAAACGAUCAAAAGAUGUUUUCGCAAAGUAUACACUUCUAUGGAGUAGAGGCUUAAAUCGUUUCAAGAGAGAAGUUGCAAAUUUUAUGGUAAUGUUGACUCCAUGGGAAAUGCGCAUAAAACGAAUAGAAAGUCAUUUUGGGUCUGUAGUUGCUUCCUAUUUUACGUUCCUCCGUUGGGUAUUCUGGAUCAACUGUUUCAUAUCUGCAUUUGUUUGUUGCUUUCUAAUGGUACCUGAAGUUCUUCGAGGAGCUGAAGAUCCCACUGGCAUGAGAAAAGAAAUUGAAAGUGACGAAGCCGAAAGUGCACUGAAUCUUAAGAAUAUUUGGGAUUUUGAAGGGUAUUUGAAAUACUCACCUAUUUUUUACGGAUACUAUAGCAACCGAGAGAAGACAGAAGAAGGUUACAGAGUCCCUCUUGCCUAUUUUCUUACUUCAAUUUCUGUGUACUGUUUUAGCUUUUUUGCCAUUCUUAGAAGAAUGGCUGAAAAUUCACGAAUGAGCAAACUCUCUGAAAAAGAUGACGAGUGCACUUUUGCCUGGAAGUUGUUCACGGGUUGGGAUUACAUGAUAGGAAAUCCUGAAACUGCAUACAACAAAGUUGCUUCCCUCGUCAUGGGAUUUAAGGAAGCUAUCUUAGAAGAGAAAGAGAAGAAAAAAGAAGUCAAAAGCUGGAAACUAAUCACUAUUCGGGUGGCGGCCAACUUCGCCGUUUUCCUUCUUCUGGCCUCCAGUGCCUAUGCAGUCGUUCUUGUUGUCACCCGAUCUCAGGAACCUGAAGCUCAAGAAGAUGGUACUUGGUACAGGCAGAACGAGGUAACUCUGGUGGUGUCCUUUAUAUCCAUCUUAUUUCCUAAUCUUUUUGAUAUGAUCGGAAUGGCUGAAAAAUAUCAUCCUCGUGUUCAAUUGAGAUGGCAACUAGCUAGAAUUCUUCUUUUAUAUCUCCUCAAUUUAUAUACUCUAAUCUUUGCUUUAUUUGCCAAAGUGUACAAGACGGUUUCUUUCACUGACGAUGAGCCACCCUCGGCCAUGUACGCCGGUGUCAACCUCACUGAUUUGUUGCUCACUACCACGACCGGAACACCAAAUGUGUCGUUCGUCGAUGGAGACUACUUCCUGGACAAUUCUACAAUGGAAGAUGAUUUUGCCUAUGGUUCUCUGGUGGGUAACAUUGCCAAUUUGACUGCCUACGGCAUGGCCACUUGGAACGUGAGUUCAUCCAAGCCUGCUGGACCACACAUAUCAUUACCACCCGUUUUUUUUAAUAUGUCAUCAGCCAUGGAUCUUGAAGAUGGGAAGAUGACGUGGGACAUUCCUUUGGAUUAUGUUAGUGAACUUCCGGAAAAUUGGACGUUAUUUGGUGAUUUAAACGAUUCCAUUAGUACGUUAGAUCCAUCGUCAUCAACUUCAUAUUUGAUGAAUGAUAGUACCACCUUUGACAACACAACUCCCGAUGACGAUGCACAGUCUAAAAGUUCUCCCUGGCCACCAGAGCUAAACUGUACUGUUGUCAUUCCAAUAUGUUCUGCAGUUCCUAGUUACACCACCGAAAGGUCUGAGCUACCUUCAACAACCGAGGGUUUCGAAAGCACAACUUUGGACAGGAUGGACGAUUUUGAUCUAACGAGUAAUGGCACCGAAGCUGGAGAGAAUGCCACGUCCUUUGACACCACUUGUUCUAGAGACAUUCUAGAUGAUGAUGCUCCUUGUCCUCUCAGAUGCCAGGGUUCGGAGAAGAAGUAUAGGAUGCCUACACAAGAAGAUCUACUCAAAAUUCCCGAAUCAACUAAAGAGCUGUUGCGGAAGAAGUGUUGGGAAACAGCAUUUGGGCAAGAGUUGGUGAAGUUGACUAUCAUGGAUUUGGUAAUGACAGUCAUCUCCACAAUAAUAACAGACUUUUUAAGAGCCGUGUUUGUACGAUAUGCAAAUAACUGCUGGUGCUGGGAUCUUGAAAAAGGAUUCCCCGGCUAUGGAGAUUUUAAAAUAGCUGAAAAUAUUUUGCAUUUGGUGAAUAAUCAAGGCUUGGUAUGGAUGGGAAUGUUUUUCUCACCCGGAUUGCCAGCCAUCAAUUCAGUCAAGUUAUGUAUUCUGGUAUACGUUCGUAGUUGGGCCGUUCUAACGGCCAACAUUCCUCACGAGACUGUGUUCAGAGCUUCCGGGUCAAACAAUUUUUAUUACGCUUUGCUAUUGAUCAUGCUGUUCCUUUGCACUCUUCCAGUUGGAUUUGCGUGUGUUUGGCUUCAACCAUCUUGGCACUGUGGACCAUUCAGUUCUCAGAGAAGGAUUUACAAUGUUCUGACGAGUUACGUACUGAAUGCUCUUCCUACUUUUAUGGUUGAAGUUGUUCAAUAUUUAACCUCACCUGGAGUUGUCAUUCCUUUACUUUUGCUAUUGGUGUUGAUCAUUUACUAUCUUGUUUCCUUGACUGGAUCGUUAAGAGAAGCAAACAAUGACUUGAAGCUUCAAUUACGAAGAGAAAAAAGUGAGAGGGAAAAGCCUAAAGAUGAAGCAAAGCCACUAGAGGCGGUGGAAUUGCCGGAACAUUUAAGUAAAUGGUCUCCAGCCAAGAAGAUCCUUCCAGUUUUGCCGAACAAAUUUCGAACACCAAGCCAACUUCUUGGCGAAGAGUCGGACGAUAGCAACGAUACACCAAAAAAGAAAUCAGGAAAACAUACUGGAAGUAGCGAUCAGACAGAGGAUCAAUAUGACGGCCACGAGGAGAGGAAAUCACAUAGAGAUGGUCACAAAGAUAAGUUCAGUAGACGUCCAUCUCCGUUUUCCACGGAAUCGCAUCGCUCUUCUUCGGACGGAGAGGAUAGAAGGUGGAUGCGAAGAGGUGGUAUCACGGGGAAUGGAGACCUACCGCUCAUCACUAUCAGCCAAGCUUCGGAAGGGCGAGAUUCCCCUGGGCAACUAUCAAGCCUGAAUUCGUCGGAGGACGCGCCAACCCCGCCAUCCAGUACCCUGUCUCGUCGGAGGCCGGGCCUCAUUCCUUCUGUGAGUGAACAGGAGGAGGACGAUUACGUGGAGGAGGACGAGGAUUUGACCAUCGAAAUACGGGACCACACUCAUUUUGAGCCCUCUCAGGGUAAUGGCCCGGAAGAACAACAGCAACAAAUCGUCAAUGAGGAACAAGCGGGAAGGCACGAUGGUAAAUAUUAUUUGAAAAACUGA